CACCCGUUCCACCUGUUGCACCUGUUCCUCGCGACUGCGCGCCUGCACUGUGCUGAGCAGCCUCUCGCGCCUGCCGUCUGAUCCCGCCUCGCACGCCAGCCUCGCCGUCUCGCGAGCAUGGACCCUCACGGCCCCAGCAUGCAGCACCCCUACACAGCCAGCGGCACUGAGCCCGACAGCGCAGCGGCUGGCCCGAAGCCUGGCGGCGACGUGAAGCCGCGCCUGACCAAGGACCAGCACGACAUCCUCGAGCAGCACUUCCAGCAGCAGCACAAGCCGACCACCGGCGUCAAGAAGGCCUUCGCCGACCGCCUAGGGGUGCCCCUCGACAAGAUCAACAACUGGUUCCAGAACCGCCGCGCAAAGGUCAAGCAGGACCGCAAGAAGGCUCUGAACCAGUACAACAUGCAGCUGGGCAUGGGCAUGUACGGCCAGCAGGUGCCAGUCAUGGCCGGCCAGCACUUUGCCCAUCCAGACAUGUACCAGCAGCACCAGCAGCACCAGCUCCAGCAGCACCAGCUCCAACAGCAACAAGCACAGCUCCAGCAGCAACAGCACCAGCAGCAACAGCAGCAACAGCAUCAGCAGCAGCAACAGCAGCAACAGCACCAGCAACAGCAACUCCAGCACCAGCAGCACGUCCCACAGCAUCCGCCCCACAUGCCCAUGCCGCAAGAGUUCCGCCCCGUGACUGCUGACAUCAGCCCUGCCAGCCUACCCGUGCAACGCGUGGAUGGUCCCUCAACUCUGGACCUGGGGCCGCAGCCCUCAAUGCACCAGCCAUUCGACAUGCAACAGUACAAUCUGCGGACCAUCUCCGAGGCCGACCGCUCGACCAACUACCCCCCACAUAUGAUGAUGCACUCAGCACUCAUGGCUGCGACAGCUGGUCAAAGCUAUUUGCAGGAGAGCAUGCCCAGCGAUGCACCAGACCAGACCUAUCCCUACAGCAGCUCUUACACCAACAACAUCGCCUUCACUAUGCCCACAACGCUGCCUAACGAACCAGCGUUGCAACAAGACACAUUCAACAGUUUCACUGACUUUGGUGCAUUGGACUACAGCGCGUUGGCAGCGGCGCAGCCCGACCAAUCCGGCCGAGCUGAUGCGCAGAACAGCACAAGCACAGGUUCCAACGGACAGUCACCGUACUCGGGCAAUCAAUCCACAGCGACUCCUCAGUCUUCCAAUGGUCCCACGCCUCCAGUUGCGUCCAUUACAUCCAUGUACUCGGGCUGGAAAGAAGACCCUGCCUCAGAAGCACACCUAGAGCAAACCAACGACACCAACGACUUCGCGGCAGCUUUCAACUUUGAUGAAAGCACACCUUCUGAAAACACCAUACCCUUCUGGGAUCCGAACGGCGGUGUCCCAUCGUUCCAGCAAGCCAAUUUCUAUCAACAACUCAAUACUUCAUCUCAAGCCAUUCUUUCGUCGCCUGGACAGGGUCUGACCCGAAAGCACAGUGCAGCCGCGUCUGACUUUGAGGUCCCUCAAAUUUUUGGCGAAGAUGCAUUCAGGCGCAGGAACUCUUCGACCAGCAACCUUGCAAACAAUAUGGACGCAAUCCAGAUUCGGAAUGGAACGCCUGACGACUUCAAGCAACUCACUCAAACUUCUAGCAUUGCCGUAAGGAGACAGAAGCGACCUGUCGCAUUGAAUUCGAGUGCGAUGAGGAGCGCUUCUUACACGCCAGGCAUGCCAUCACCGGCUACCAACCCCGAUCACACCCUUAGAAGGAUCCGAUCGACGGGCAUUGCUAACGCCGGAGGACGUGUACAGAAAUCGAGACCAGGCUCAGCACAACCUUCGCCCAUGGUCUCGAGCUUUUCAGAGGCUGCUGCAUCUCCAAAGUUUGCAAGGACAUUCUCAUCCUCCAGCAUAACGACCAUGGGCAACAAUGGAAGUCUAGCGCCACCGACACCCCUCACUCCUCAAGAAAUGGGCUACUACUGGCAGCCCCCCGGCUCGGUGAGGGCUCACGGCAUGCCUGAGCACAGUAGCCCGGAGAGUCUAAACACAAAUUGGUCUUCUGAGCCUUUUGCUACAAAUCUAAAUGUCGUCAAGAGUGGCUCGCCACCGUCAACACCACUGGAUCUACAGCGACUCACUCAGGCCCGUCUUGCCCAGGACAGCAUCUACCGCGACACACCACCGCAGUCAGCCCCACCAACGCAACAAAACUUUGCUCGCAACGGCUACAUGCAGCCGCCACAGAUCCGCACUGGGUUUCAUUCGUCAACGGACCUGACCCUGGCACAGCCAAAACCCUCGCAUUUCCGGAGACCCUCGCUGCCGGCUGAUACUGCUCAGAACCAAGGUGAAGAAGCCGUCCUUGAAUAUCCUUACGGAGGAGGCUUUGGCUACAACGAGAUAUCCUUGCAGGGCAUUACGCAUAAUGUCCCCUUUGCGCCUCCUGUUUCCUCGAUGCCAGAAUUUCUGGUUCACCAGUACACGCCCUCGCAGGGCACAACUGACAUGCAUGGCAACACAAUUCGACGUAUGGACCAACCAAAGAGUUACGUUUUUGCCAACCAAAGUGCUAGCGACUUCAAGUCGUAGACGAAUGAGCGUCGUGCACAAGUAUCGUUGGUUUUUCGUUUCAGUGUUCAAAAAUCUCUGUCAGGUUGAAUACUCAAGUAUGACGAUGUUGAGGCAGAAUCACAGCGUUUGCAUCCAUUUUCUUUUUCAUUUCAUUGUUUCCAUUCAGCACCUCUACUGUGUCAGCCGUACACUUGCGUGUUCACUGGCCAUUAUUGUGCCACUAAUACUAAUAUUGGUCGUUGUAUUAUUGUUCUUCUU